AUGUCUUUUUUCUUUCUCCUUCUUGUUCAUAUAGUUACUUUACUUGGAAAUGUUCUAAUUAUUCUAACCAUCUGGAAAAGUAAUGUUCUUCACACUGCCAUGUAUUAUUUUCUGGGUAACCUGGCAUUCCUGGAGAUAUGUUUUACCUCUUCAAUCAUACCAAAACUUUUAUCUAUUUUAGCAUUUGAAAACCAUGCCAUCACUUUUUGGGGCUGUCUCGCUCAGUGCUACUUCUAUUUUUUGUUAGGUUCUGUUGAGUUGCUUCUUCUGGCUGCUAUGUCUUUUGAUAGGUAUAUAGCGGUGUGCUACCCUUUACAAUAUGGAGCAAUAAUGACGCCAAGAUUAUGUAUACAUCUCACUCUAGGCUGUUGGAUUGCUGGAUUCACAGAUACUUUUAUCCCAACUUUACUUGUAUCUAAAGUUUGGUUCUGUAAGUCUAACAUAAUUGACCACUUCUUCUGUGAUGUAGAACAUAUUCUAAAACUUGCAUGCUCAAACACAGGAUUUAUUCAGUUGAUUAACCUAUGUUCCUCUUCUUUGGUUGUCUUUGGGUCUCUGCUAUGCAAUAUAACAUCAUAUGUCUGCAUAAUAGUAUCUAUAACUAAGAUUUCCAAAGCAGGAAGUAGGUGGAAGUCAUUCUCCACAUGUGUUUCUCAUCUACUUAUUGUGGUUAUCAUCUAUGGAAGUUCACUCUUCUUGUGUAUGAGGGGUGCUACAGCAUCGUAUUUGGACAUUAGUAAACUCUCAGCUUUUAUGACUGGCAUUGUGACCCCUCUUUUGAACCCAUUCAUUUAUACUCUUAAAAAUGCCCAGGUACAUAAUUCUAUUCAUGUACUCAUUUUCAGGAUGUUCAAUCCAAAUUAA